CUCUCUUAUAUAUUCACUUCUCUCUUCUUCAUCUUAGUUUCUUUCAACUCUCUCUCACUAAACAAUCUUUAUUUAUAUUCGUUUCGUGUUCCUCUUCUCAGAUCAACCAUUAUCAGGGAGCUUGAAGACUUGAUAUUUAGUGUUUCAAUCAUCACAAUACAAAAUGUUUUUUGAUGGAUAUGGAUAUCACGGGACAUCGUUUGAGCAGACGUAUCGAUGUUACCCUGCUUCUUUUAUUGAAAAGCCCCAACUUGAAAGUGGUGACAAAAUUAUAAUGCCUCCAUCAGCCCUUGAUCGUCUAGCAUCUCUGCAUAUUGAUUAUCCGAUGUUAUUUGAACUUCGUAAUGCUGCUGCUGAGCGGGUUUCUCAUUGUGGUGUUCUGGAGUUCAUUGCUGAGGAAGGCAUGAUAUACAUGCCAUACUGGAUGAUGGAGAACAUGCUUUUACAAGAGGGGGAUGUUGUAAGAGUGAAAAAUGUGACACUUCCAAAGGGAACAUAUGUUAAGUUACAGCCUCACACAAAAGACUUCUUGGAUAUUUCCAAUCCUAAGGCUAUCUUAGAAACUACGUUGAGGAAUUUUUCCUGCUUGACUACUGGAGAUAGCAUUAUGGUGGCUUACAAUAACAAGAAAUAUUAUAUUGAUAUUGUAGAGAGCAAGCCUGCCAAUGCUAUAAGCAUCAUUGAGACCGACUGUGAAGUGGACUUUGCCCCACCCUUAGAUUACAAGGAACCUGAAAGGCCCGUUGCUCCACGUUCUGCUGGAAAGGCACCAGAAGCUGAUAAAGAAGCCCCUGCUGAAACUGAACCAAAGUUCAACCCAUUUACCGGAUCUGGGAGACGCUUGGACGGAAAGCCUUUGAAUUAUCAGCCUCCACCAGUUUCUUCUUCUGGGUCCAAGGACAAGAAUCCUGCUGCUCAAAAUGUCAAUUCACAGCCUUCCACAGCUUCUAGUUCACAAAGUAAUGCUCCUCAAACUCAGGGCAAGCUUGUGUUUGGAUCAAAUCCAAAUCGCGGUAAAGAGACUGGAAAGGCAACUGAGGCAAAAGCAAAACAAGAGCCACCCAAAGAGAAAGAAGAAGAUAAGUUUCAGCCUUUCACCGGGAAGAAGUAUUCUUUAAGGGGUUGAUUAAUAUAUUAACUUAAAACACUUUUAAACUUUUAUUACAAGUUACUUCGUUGGCCUGUGUGUGGAUCCAAGUCUAUUGCAAAACUUGUAUCUUUUUUUGUUUAUUGUAUUAUAAGCAAAAGACAGACCGGUAGAAGCCACAAAAAAUAACCCGUUUACCUUAAAUUAUUAUUACUUUGUGAAUCAACGCAUAUUCUUCUGUGGAGCAAAGGGAUGCAAUCCUUUAUUUUAAA